AUGCUCUCAUUUGAUCGAUAUGGGUGGAACAUUUGUUUGUGCACCCAUUUAUCCCACAUUUAUCAAGUAUCCUCUAUAUUUCAGAUACCAUGCUAGGUGGGGAGGAUGUGAUCCCUGCCUUGCACAGACUAGCUAGGGAGAUGGUCAAAGAAAAGAGCCCACCCACCAACUGGGUCCUUUGGAGCACAGAAGAGGAAGGGUUGCUGCGCUGGAGAAGGAGGGAGCCUGGUCAUAGAGCGGAGACAGGGAUUGGUGCCUCACUGCACCCAGUGUUUGCUGCCCCCUUGUGGUCUCAGGGAGUGCCGUUGCCCCAAACCCCUUUACAACGGCCUGCCAGCCCGCCACUCAACCUGCACGGUUUCGCUAGCGUCUCAGAUUCAGCACGUCCUAAGACCGAAACCUGGGACUCAUCCUAGACUCUCUACUUCUUCUCAGUCCAGACAGUCACCAACUCACCAAACCUACCUCCUAAUAUCUCCCAACUUAAUCUACUUUUCUCUAUUCCGACUGCUAUUUCUGUUUCAUUCUCAAAUCAUUUAACAAAUAUUUGAGCGCCUAUUACACGCUAGGCACCGUACGAGUCUCCGUGGACACGCCCCCAGCACCCCGCGGCCUGUUCACCGGCGGUUGCUGCCCAGUUUCCCCAUCCCACCCCCUUUGUCGGCAGCCAGAGUGAGCUGUGCGCACAGACUGGUUUGCCUGGCCCCUAAUGAAAAGCCUCCGGUGGCUCACCAUGCCCACAGAAUGAGGUCGAAGCGCAGAACUCGGUGACCAAGGCUCUCCCCCGCGCAGCAGCAACCACUUCAAACGGAACCUCUUGCCCCGUCAAGUGAAACCCACUGCGUCGCCUUUGCUAUUGCAGUGCGGUCUACUGGUGACUCCAGCCCUGCCAUCGUCUCAGGACCGGAUCCUCCCCAUCUUUGGGACGCGAGUCUCUGGUGGCUCCUCUCCGCAGUGCUCUUCUGCGCCCCGGUAGCGGUGCCCCAGGGCGUAACAGCGGAGACUGCCUUGGACCGUGAAAUUCAGACACAACAGCAAGUGGAAUGGAGCACUACCAGAAAGCUGGCUCUGUGGAACUCCCAGCACCUUCUCCGAUGCCCCAGCUACCUCCUGAUACCCUGGAGAUGCGGGUCCGAGAUGGCAGCAAAAUCCGCAACCUACUGGGGCUGGCACUGGGUCGACUGGAGGGUGGUAGUGCACGGCAUGUGGUGUUCUCAGGUUCUGGCCGCGCUGCAGGGAAGGCGGUCAGCUGUGCUGAGAUUGUCAAGCGGCGUGUUCCAGGCCUGCACCAGCUUACCAAGCUGCGCUUCCUGCAGACCGAGGACAGCUGGGUGCCAGUCUCACCUGACACUGGCCUGGAUCCCCUCACAGUGCGCCGCCAUGUACCUGCAGUGUGGGUACUGCUCAGCCGGGACCCCCUGGACCCCAAUGAGUGUGGCUACCAGCCUCCAGGAGCACCCCCUGGCCUGGGCCCCACAUCAAGCUCCAGCUGUGGCCCACGACCUCGAAGAAGGGUUCGAGACACCUGGUCCUGAAGAUCUGCCAAGCAAGCUAUUUUCCAGGCAUGAAUGUCUGGGAUGGCUUUGCCUUCUCUGAAAAGCCUCUUGUAACCGUUCAACAUCCCCACCAAGACUUGAAUCCACAGAAGUGGGCCUCCCUGUCCUGCUUCCUCUUCUCUCUGGUGUGUGGAAAGGGACAGCUAUGAAGAGUUACAGGUGGGGCGCCUGGGUGGCUCAGUUGGUUAAGCGGCUGCCUUUGGCUCAGGUCAUGAUCCCAGGGUCCUGGGAUCGAGUCCCACAUCGGGCUCCCGGCCCAGCGGGGAGCCUGCUUCUCCCUCUGACCCUCUCCUCUCUCAUGCUGUUUCUCUCUCGCUUGCUCUCUAAUAAAUAAAUAAAUAAAAUCUUAAAAAAAAAAAAAAAGUUACAGUUGUGCGGUCUCAGCUGGGUUCUGGAUUGCUUAAGAAGGGUUUAUUUGGCAUUCUACCUACUGUACCUCUGUCCUUUCUUCUGACAGAUCCAGGGAGUGGGUUAGGAAAUAAAGGUUCUGCCCAUUUGUCUGAUGAGCCUCUGCUUGACCUGCUAUGUGGAGGUGGGAUUAAAGGAGGGGGAGUCCCUGUACCCCUCCACCCCACCCCUGGUUUAGGGACAUUUUCUCUGCAGGAUUUAUUAUAGUAUAGUGAUUAAGGUCAUGGUCUCAGGUACCUACUGCCUGGAUUUGAAUCCUGGUUCUGCCAUGUGCUAGUAAGUUACUGCUUUGUGACCCUGGGCAAGUAGUGCUCUGAGCCUUAGUGUUUCCAUCCAUAAAACAGGAUAUAUGCGGUGCUUACCUCAUAGGGUUGUUAAUGAGGAGUAAAUGUAGAAAUAUACACAUAUGACUUUUAGAUACCACCUGGGCAUUGCUAUAUAAAUGUUAAUUGCUAUCAUUAUUAAUGACUCUAUUUACAAACAUUUUUUCCUAUCUUAAAAACAUAGCUCAUGGGGCAUCUGGCUGGCUCAGUUGGAAUAUCAUGUGGCUCUUGAUCUCAGGAUCAUGAGUUCAGGGCCCAUGUUGGGUGUACAGAUUACUUAAAUAAAUAAGCUUAAAAAAAAAACCAGGCUCCUGGGUGGCUCAGUCGUUAAGCGUCUGCCUUUGUCUCAGGUCAUGAUCCCAGGGUCCUGGGAUCGAGCCCCACAUCAGGCUCCCUGCUCGGCGGGAAGCCUGCUUCUCUCUCUCCCACUCCCCCUGCUUGUGUUCCUGCUCUCACUAUCUAUCUGUCAAAUAAAUAAAUAAAAUCUUAAAAAAAAAAAAACCAAAAACAUAGCUCAAUCUCGUAUCUCCUCUCCAGGUCUCAUCCUUCGUUUUUACCCUUUGCUUAUCCUUUUCUGUCUCAAAUUGGCCAUAGACUCUCAGAUUCACCAUGGUAAGGCCAGGGGCAUGAGGAGAGAGGUGAAGAUUGCAGUGAUAGCCAGGAGUCUGCUGGGACCAGAGCAGGAUUGUGGGCAGUGGUAGAUUCAGUGAAGAGUUGAGUCAGGUGGAUCUCCCACUGGAUUUUGAGGUCUUCUCCAAUGUAUACAGUAGACUGAGUGUCCAGUCACCAGGAAAGCACAAACUUGGGGCUCUUCUGGGCUCACAUUGUGGCAGGGAGCCCAGCAAUUUGAGAGUUGUGAAAUGAUGUUUGGCUGAGUCUAGGUGGGAGGGGUUAGGAUGUAGGGAGAAAUGGGGGACUGGAGGCCUCAAUAAGGGCUUAGGGCAGGGAUUAGGAGAUUGACCAUAAGGCCAGAAGGCUGUGGUCAAGCUUUGCUGCAUUCUGUACUUUCCAAGGUAGGUUGCCCAGAGUGGUAGGGAAGACUCUGAGGGAGGGGCAAGUGAUGCAGAUUCGGGGAAUAUUAGAGACAGGAAACCCUCUGAGCAGCUGCCCAGCCAGGCCUCUUAAAUAUAGGGUCAAGGAGCAUCUAACACACUCUUAGAGGCUGUGGCAGGCACUCUGGUGUCUUGUUAGUAGCAACUGCCUGACUUCUCCCCAUUCUCUUCGUGGCUAACUCAGGUUUUUGCUCCCUCCCAGUUUCUGCAUAUUGCCUUUUCUCUAAGCAUCUCCACUUGUGUGUGUCUUCUACCAUGAACAGCUCUCCGAGUGUCACUAGUCCCCAGAGCUUUGGGGCCAGGCUCCUUGCAGACUAUUGGUGUGUGGCUCAGCAUCCUAUCCUGAUCCAGCCUGCUCUAGCCAUGGUGGAAUGAUCACAUGGAAUAAGCAUGGUGACCGGUACUGAACGAAUGAUUCAGUAAGGUGGUAUCAUAAGCUCUGGGAGUCUAGGAGGGGCUCCCAUUUGGGCAGCUCAUUGAGGCACCACCUGGGAACUCCAGGAUGAUGGCAGGGGUUUGUGUGAGGGAAACUGAGCUGGGGUCAAAAUCUUUUGGGAGGAACAAGAUCUGCAGUUCAGAGAAUCAGGAAAUAGGCCAGAAGCUAAGAGAGGGAUGACUAGUGAUUCUGGGGCCUUUUCCCUCCUGGGUCUCUCUACAGGGCCUAGUUGGAACCUAGAGGAAGAAUUUUUUUUUUUUUUUUU